CGAUCUUAUCAUUCCUAGCAACUCUCUCCUUUUCCUCACAUAUAUCCCUCUAAAUUUUUUGCAGAUUCCAAAUUCUAUCAUGCAUGAUCAUAUUUUCUUACUGCCAUCUUUUUAAAGUCUCACCGUGCAUCCUACGCUGCCUUUUCUCUGCUACCCUCAUGGCUUCCAAGUUCCCUUUCUCUUGGGCCAUGAUAGUAGCAUUAGUAAUAUUUUCAUUGUUUUUUUCUCCUGCAUUUUCUACGUCUAGGCGAGUUUUAGACCACCCACCAGAGGUCAAAAAUGGGUUCCGAGUUAUGCUCAAACAUGUCGAUUCUGAUAAAAACUUAACCAAGUUUGAACAUAUCCAACACGGGAUUAAGCGUGCGAGUCACAGGUUGCAAAGGUUCAAAGCAAUGGUCCUAGCAGCUGGUUCGAAUUCGCAAAUUGACGCUCCAGUCUUUCCAGGGAAUGGUGAAUUCUUGAUGAAGUUAGCGAUUGGAACGCCAGCAGAAACCUACUCUGCAAUCCUGGAUACCGGCAGUGAUUUAAUAUGGACACAGUGUAAGCCUUGCACUCAGUGUUACAAUCAACCUAACCCCAUUUUCGACCCCACAAAGUCAUCUUCUUUCUCCAAGCUAUCAUGCUCAAGUCAACUAUGUAAAGCACUGCCUCAGUCCUCAUGCAGCGAUGGCUGCGAGUAUCUCUAUGCCUAUGGUGAUUAUUCUUCCACGCAAGGGAUUCUGGCAACUGAAACCUUCACGUUUGGCAAUGUUUCUGUUCCUAACGUUGGUUUUGGGUGUGGAGAAGACAACGAGGGAGAUGGGUUUACCCAAGGUUCAGGCCUAGUGGGGCUGGGGCGCGGACCCUUAUCACUAGUAUCUCAGCUCAAAGAAGCCAAAUUCUCUUAUUGCUUAACAUCGAUUGACGACACAGAAGCUAGUACACUUUUGAUGGGAUCUCUAGCAAGCGUGAGUGGCAAUUCUAAUGCAAUCAAAACAACCCCUUUAAUCCAAAAUCCAUUGCAGCCAUCUUUUUAUUAUCUUUCUCUUGAAGGUAUAUCGGUUGGUGGCAAACGCUUGGCUAUCAAGAAAUCAACUUUUAAACUUCAAGAAGAUGGUAGUGGUGGCAUAAUUAUAGACUCUGGGACUACAAUAACCUAUCUAGAAGAGAGCGCUUUUGAUUUGGUGAAAAAAGAGUUCACAUCUCAGAUGGGGCUGUCAGUGGACAACUCAGGUGCUACAGGGCUUGAACUUUGCUUCACCUUACCGUCAGAUUCAAGUGAAGUAGAGGUGCCUAAGUUUGUAUUCCAUUUCAAAGACGCCGACUUAGAAUUGCCAGGGGAGAAUUAUAUGAUCGCUGAUUCAAGUGUAGGAGUAAUUUGUUUGGCGAUGGGGAGUUCAAAUGGAAUGUCUAUUUUGGGAAAUGUUCAACAGCAGAAUAUGUUGGUUCUCCAUGAUCUUGAUAAGGAAACCUUAUCUUUCCUUCCUACCAAAUGCGAUCAGUUGUGAGUUUCUGUGAUCAGCUUUGGCGAUUUUACUUCUGUGCUUUCCACAUUAUUGGUUAGAUGAUAUACAUUUUCAUUUACCAACCAAAAAAAAAAAAAAACUCGUUUCGUUUUCAUAAAAUCAAUUUUCUUUAUGUAUAUAUUCCCCUUCUUGCUUAACGUGUGAUACAUUUAUGUAACUAAAAUAAAUUUUUAAAAAAAGGAAAUAAUGUCAUUUUUUAUGAAUAUAA